AUGGACAUCAAGGAUGGUUUGCUGAAAUCAUCAAGCCACCUUCCUCAGUACGACACAGUCAUAGUUGUCGACUGGUCAGGCGGAAACGGCAUUCCCUACCUCCAAGCAACAGCCAACAGCCGUUUAGUAGGCGGGCAGAUUGCUUACCUUUUACGAAUGCUUCAAAAACAUAACCUUCUGGACACCACCCGAACGCACAUCAUUGGCCACAGUUUGGGGGCACAAAUUGCAGCUUACGCGGCUAAAGAGUUCAAAAGCCACUUGCCUGCUAAAAUCGGUCGCAUCACCGCUCUGGACGCGGCCAGUCCAAACUUUGAGGGCAUGCCAGCCAGUGUAAAGUUAACCAAGGACGACGCCACCUUUGUGGACGCCAUUCACACCAACGCCAAACCACUGUACCAGUUCGGGUAUGGAGUUCUGGAGCGGCUGGCUCACCUCGACUUUUACCCAAACGGCGGUCUCAGUCAGCCAGGCUGCGACAAUGUCCUCAGCAGUGACUUCAUUCCGUCGGCCAUCGAACUAUUGGUGCGACAGCCGCCUGAAAAGGCAGUGAUAAGCAGUCUGGACCAGAUUGGCCGAAUGGUCACCUGUUCUCACAGCAAAGCAAUCGACUACUUUGUGGAGAGCAUCAGCAACAGCGGUAGCAAUGCUCAGGACUGUCGCUUUACGGCAACUCCCUGCAGCAGCUGGUCAGACUUCAUUGGAGGAAACUGCAUUUGCUCUACAAAAUCGGAAAACUCUUGUCCGCCGAUGGGCUUUCAUGCUUACGAGUGGGCACAGCAGAUGGCGAUAAAGUGUAGCUAA